AUCAGUGCUACUCGUUGCGUGCUGUUCUCCGUCGACCAAAAGCCCUUCGUCAGCACGUCGAUCACUGCCAUAGGCCAAAUUUCGUUUCGCUUCCUUCGGGGAGCUUGGUGCUCGACGUUCCAGUGGAAUGGCAAGCGGUGUAGCAAUUGGCAUGAAAGGCGAUGCGAUAUACGGCCUAAAUAG